GACCGCUGCCGCCUCCGGUGGGGCUAUAUCAGCUCCGGCAAGGUCGGCGCCGGCUCACUGGCGGGCGCGGGUUGACGCGGUACGGGUGUCCGGUCCGGCGGCGAUCGGCGGCGCACAGUGCUGUUCACACACAGAGACAACUGCUCAGAGAGACAUGGCCGCGUACAGGAUGCCGCUGAGUCUGCUGAGCGUGACCUGUCUGCUGGCGACGGCGGCGGCGCGGCCCCAGUUCAGCCCGGCCUCCAGCUACAGUUACCGGUUCGCCGGUCCCGAGCAGACCAAGGAGGAGUCACGCGACGCGCUGGGCAACAUCCAGGGCUCGUACAGCGUCACCUACCCGGACGGCGGCGGCACGCUGACCUACAGCUACUCACACCGCGCCGCGCCGCCCGCCUUCCGCACCCUGUCCGACGGACCGCUCGGCCCGGCCGGCACCGUCGUCGCCAUCGGAAAGAACUCGAAGGACAACGCCUUCCUGAUCGAGAUGCUGCAGAACCGUAUCGAGUCGCGUGACCCGCCCAAGGUCACUGAGACGGACGCCGUCAUCAUCGAGGCCCUGCCGUUGGAGCCGGAGCGUCCCGUGACGUCUGUGCGGUUCCAGGCGGCACCCCGGCCCGGUCAGAACACGGCCAGCAGUGGCGCCGACGGCCGGCCCAACGAGAUACGCACCGGGGGUCGGCCGCUGACCCGCGGCAGCGCCGGCUUCACCAACAGCAAGGAGUCGGCGUUCCUCGGCGAGAUCCGCCAGGAGAGUCUGGCCAACGAGGUGCUGGGCGGCAGGAACCCGCCGCUGGUCACCGACGAGGCCGUCAUAGUGGAGGCACUGCCCCUGGACGCUGAGCGCGGCAUCUAGACACCUCGCGGGCCACCGAGAGUCACAGCGGUGUGAGAUGGGCCUCCGUGGGCCUCUGUGGGCCGCGGGGGGCCUUCUUGGGGCCGCCGUGGGGCUCUGUGGGGCCUCAAUGGGGCUCUGUGGGCCUCCAUUCCCAGUGUAGGUCUCCGCGGGCCUCCGUGGGCCAGCGGGGACGGACUAGUCGAGCGGAUGUGUGCCGAGCCAGUUACCAGGCCCGCGAGGGCCUACUAUAUCGAGUGGAACGCGGUGUACUUCUACUUACGUCUCUAAGGUGGGCAUGACCCGGGGAGCGUUGCUGAACGAUAUACGCGACCGAAACGAACGAUUCACUUACCCUACGGUCAGAGCAAGCGUAGUGGGAAGCCAUCUGCGAAAGAAAAUGACACGCGAUGGCACAUGACAUGAGUUUCGAAGGCUGGAAUGCGAUCUAGAACAUGAAGUGAAAGUGUGUGAAUGAUUUGUGGAGAGAUGAACUUGAUUGAGGCUUACUAUAUAUAAGACGUCACAUGUUACCAAUAAAUUGUUUCACAACUGCAUUCAACUAAUAACCAUAAUGUUUUUUUUUCUUUUGGCAUAACGUAGAUAAAUAAGGUCUUCUGCUUCUAUCAGUAAAUCACUGCAAUUCCAUCGUCUCGAUAUUGAAAGAAACUGUGAACUUGUUUCACUUUGUUUGUCGUCACAUUGCGCCAUCCCUUGGCUAUCAGUUCAUCGCUUUACUAAGUUACCAAGUCCAGUGAGUUACCCAUCCACACUGAGUUACCAACAAUCACUCGGACAAAGUGGACUGUUAGGCAAGACAUCGCCAGUUGUGAGGCCAUCCUCAAGGGCAUAGCUUGUAGGUACAUCGCCUUAUUAUGCGCUAAUUAAGGUUUUAAAUGAAUGCAUCUUGGUUGAAUCACAAUGAUGUUUAUAGUUAAUAAGUAAAGUUAGGUCUUCAUCUAUUUCAACGAUAGGAGCCAAGCGUUUCACAAAGACAAUUUGAUAUUAUUCAUUCAUUUCAUUUCAACUAAUACCAUUAUAUGAGUACCGCUCUUCAUAUUUGAUGCAAUUUUCGUUUAACCACCGACCUAUCUUUCAUCGUUAUGCGAUGUAUCAUCUGUUCUCGUGUUUCGAAUUUUGGGCAUAUCGUGUUAUAGUCUGUUCCAUAUCAAGCUUGCAGUCGGAGUUUUUUCGGCAGAUCGCUCCUCCGCUCAAGAAUUUGCGUCUUAUAUAAUGUAAGAGCUGUAUAUACAGCAAUCAGACACUGCUUUCAGCAGGGCACUUCGGCUGCAAGCUUAAAACGGAACAGAGUAUAGUGCCUGAGAAAUAUACGUAUGUCGCAUGUAAACGCUGGAAAUACGUUCAUGCUUUAGGGAUAUGACUGUCACUGUAGUAGUUGCUGCAAUAAAAGGAAAUCGUAACAA